AUGUUGGAUAACUGGAAAAAAGGUGACAAGGCUCUGGACAAGCAUAAGCAACUCUACCCCAGCUGCAACUUUGUAAAGAGUUUGACUCCAUUGAACAAUCUCGGUUCAUCAUUUAAUUCUGCCUUUUCACCUCCAACUGCCUUUGGCCUUUCUUCUUCACAUUCCCCAACACCAGCAGCAAAUAUGGAUCAAGUUGGCUAUUUCAGUGGAAGCUUUUCAAGCUUUCCUCAUGAUCCAGUCACAUCCAGGGCAGUUGAAGACUUGUCCCAUUUGAGACCUAAAACAGUCAAUUAUGCAAUGAGUGCAGAGGAAGACAGACUGCGCACUUUUGAGUCAUGGCCACUGACAUUUCUGUCACCAUCUUCUUUGGCAAAAGCUGGAUUUUAUUACAUUGGGCCUGCGGACAAGGUGGCUUGUUUUGCCUGUGGUGGUCAACUGAGUAACUGGGAGCCUAAGGAUAAUGCCAUGUCGGAACAUCGGAGGCACUUUCCAAACUGCCCUUUUGUGGAACAAAUGUGUGACCAGACCAGUUUCACAGUCUCCAAUAUGAGCAUGCAGACCUACGUAAUGCGCCUCAACACUUUCAAAAGCUGGCCAGCUGCAGUUCCAGUUCAGCCACCGCGGCUUGCAGAUGCUGGCUUCUAUUAUGUGGGUAAGUGAGCUGCCUAUUUUUGGUCACUUGGACUCUAUUAUUUUUUUUUUUAACUGUUUAAUCAGUGACUGCUGAACGUAUCUUUAAAAAUAUUAUAUAAACUGUUUUUCCCCUCCCCUCUUCAGGUCGCAAUGAUGAUGUUAAAUGUUUCUGCUGUGAUGGUGGACUCAGGUGUUGGGAGUCUGGGGAUGAUCCAUGGGUAGAACAUGCUAAAUGGUUUCCAAGGUACAUCUAAACUUCUUUGAAAUAGUAGCAAUUAUGGUCCUAAUCUUAAUAUAUUUGGAACUGAAAGGCAAAACUAGUAUCCCAAAGAGAUCUAUUUUAAGAGGAGUAUUGUUUUUUUCCUGCUGAGAGUUGUACUCCCCUUGGGGCAAUCUGUUGGGGGCAGAUGCUAGCAGUAAGCAGACUAUAUUCUGUUCUCUUUUUCCCCCUGCCAAGUGGGCUGCCAGGGAGUGACUAAAUAGUUUUUGCAGGGGACUGAACUGAUCAUUCUCAGAAGGCUUUCUCUGCACCCUUCUCAUUUCUCCCUCCAUAUUUCCCCUGCUUAUUCCAUCCAGACUUUCCCCUACCCACAUGAAAUUAGAUUGAGGGCUGCAUGUGACCUUUCGGUCAUAGAUUGACCGACUGUGGUUUAAACGGAGCAGAUUCUCUGUUAAUAUGUUAUGUAUCUGGAGGAGUUGUCAUGUCAGAUUCCAAACUCCACUUCAAAAGUGAACAUUUAGAACUGGGCAUGCAUAUGGCUUAUCUGAGGCACUUCGGUCUGCAUGUAUCUGGAACAAUGUACAAUCUGUAUAUUAGAAUUGAAACAUACAUUUUGCAUUUUAUCUUCUAGAUGUGAGUACCUGCGGCAUAUGAAAGGACAAGAGUUUGUCCAUCAGAUUCAAGUAAGAUUCCCCCAUCUUCUUGAACAGGUAUUCAAACAACUACUUUGCUCUGAUUUCAGCAGUAUUCUUGUGUAUUACAGUGGUACCUCGGGUUAAGAACUUAAUUCGUUCUGGAGGUCCUUUCUUAACCUGAAACUGUUCUUAACCUGAAGCACCACUUUAGCUAAUGGGGCCUCCCACUGCCACCGCCACGCAAUUUCUGUUCUCAUCCUGAAGCAAAGUUCUUAACCCGAGGUACUAUUUCUGGGUUAGCGGAGUCUGUAACCUGAAGCGUCUGUAACCUGAAGCAUCUGUAACCCGAGGUACCACUGUACCUCAUAGAUUUUUAAAUUGGACACUUUCAAACUAAGCUCUCUAAAAUAGCCUUUAAUUUUAAUCUCUUCCCCCUAAUCACAUAAAAGCCGACCAUGUGUUAGGCAUGCUGAAAGUGGCUACAAAUAAAGGUGUGAACUUGAUUAAAGGUCAAAGGAUGUGGUCUUUUAGAGAGCAUAUGAGUUUUCUGUGAUUCAGUAGAAACUUGUCAAUUUCACAUGGCAACUGUGAUGGUUUCCUAAGAGUGACUAAGUGGCUAGUUGAGCAAACUGCUUGACAUGUGAUCUGUUACUGUGCUCACUGCAGCUAACAAUCAAAGUUGCAUAUAGGAGCUACAAGCUUCCCCUUUCUUCUGGCAGUUGACAAUGUAUUGUGACAGCAACAGUCGGCCCUCAAAGUGUCUGACAAGAACAUUGCUGUGGUGGUCAGGACAGAGUGCAUGCAGAUGUUUAGGGUGACUGUUUAAGUGGUUUAAAUUUUGGCAAACUUCUUGUGUUCACUUCUGUUUUGAUACACAAAAAUUACAUGCAUUUUAAAACACUCUUUCUGUGUUUUGUAGCUGUUAUCCACCUCAGAUACACCUGUGGAUGAAAAUAUUGAUCCAAGUAAGUAUUUUUUACAAGAUAUUUAAGUUGGUAUGGACACUUGGAAUAUGAAAGCACUGUUUGUUAAAUAGGGAAUACCAAAAUCACUUAGCACUAUCAGGUUUUAAUCAUUUAUCUAGAAGUAUUGUGUCUUACAAAGCAACUUAAAUAUGGAUUCUCAGAAAUAACUGUUGUCCCUUGGUAUUGUACUCUCAAAAUGAGGAGACUUCUGUUUGUCUUACUCUAAUUUGCAUUGCCUUGCUUACUAAGUGGAAUGUCAAUGCAGUUCAUAUCUUGCCACAACUUGGCAAGAACAUAAUGAAUAACUUUUCCUGCUCUUCCACCAGUAAUUGGACCUUCAGAGUAGCUUACAGCAAGUAUAAUAAAUAACAAAAACUGCAAAAAAUGAGAAUUCAGCAACCAUGGCAAACACUUCAAAAAAAUCCAAACUCAAUGCGCAGUUCCUGAAAAAGCACACUCAGAUAAAACUGUCGUUUUCUUCUUAAGGUCUUCAUUGAGAUUGCUAGCAAAACCUCUCUCAGCAUUUUCAUAGGGGCCCCCUGGUGGUGUAAAAAAAUAUUGUGGAUAGCUUUGAAAUUACUGUGAGUGGUCCAAAUAAGUUAUAUUCAGGGUAACCCCAAUGAAAUCAAUGGACUUGAAUAUGAUCAACAUUAGGUAUCAUCCUGUGAAUUGAUCUGACCUAAGUUGAAGAAAGCCAAUAUCACUUAUGGAGACUGUAUAAUAGAGGCUCAAAAUAUUUGUUUGAUAGCUUGCUCUGGACUUUAAAAAGCUGCUUUUCCAAAUACAGCUAGUGAAUUAAUUAGUGUUGCUGUCAAGCAUAGUUCCUAUGUCAGCUGCUGUAACUUACAAACAUCCUAUCUAGUAAGUUGAUUAGUGAUUCUACUUAUGGAGUAGAAGCUGGUUGGUUCUUGCCUAUUGCAGAAAGAUAUAGGGUCUACAUUUCUGAAGGGGAGGUCUCACUGCCUUGUAGGUGAGCACAUUUUUUGUGUGCCUACAGUUCCAGAUUCAGUCCCUGGUAUGUUUAGACAAAAAGGUCCCUGAUAGUACAAUUCAGAAAAGCCUUUGCUGAGAUUUUGGAUUUCUGUUCUGGGUCACUGCUAAUCUAAAUGGAUCCGUGGUCUGACUUAGUAUAAGACAGUUUAAUAUGUUCACAUCCGUAAGCUUCUUGUGUGAAAAAGCCUUUAGUAUAGCCUAAUAUAAAAGCUAAUUUGCAUAAGAGUAAAGCAAAGGUUUUUUUCAAAGUUGGACAUGGAACCUGAUGUAAACAUGAUCUUAUUCUGUUUUAAUUUAAAUUUAAAACAUAUUCUUCAAAAUCCAUAUGGAUCUAAUGAGCAAUGCCAUGAAUUUUUCUCUGAGCAGUUAUUCAUUUUGGACCUGGUGAGAAUGCUUCAGAAGAUGCAAUCAUGAUGAAAACCCCAGUGGUUGAAGCUGCCUUGGAGAUGGGAUUCAGCAAAAGACUAGUCAAGCAGACUGUUCAGAGUAAAAUCUUAACAACCGGAGAGAAUUAUAAAUCUGUAAAUGAUCUUGUGUCCGACCUCAUUGCUGCAGGAGAUGAGAAGAAUGAAGAAGAGAAGGUGGUGCAAGCAGAGGAAGUGACAUCAGGUAUGUAAAAACCUCUAGUGAUAGAAUCUGUUAUGUUGCUUCAUUCUCUUCAUAAUCAUCCUUGAAAAAUGGCUUCCCAGCUUCUACUUGGAAGAUUCCCAGAAGGGAAGAGCCCACAGCCCUCAAGGAUUCUAUUAUCAAAUUGCUUUCAUUAGAUCUAGUCCUGCCAUCUAGGGUCGCUAGAUGACAAUCCAUCAGGUAUUUGAAUUGUGUUACUGUCUCUAUCAACCUCUGGGCUAAAUACCGUACUUUCCCAUCUAUAAGACGCCCCCUUGUAUAAGGACACCCCCCCAUUUGGGGGGACUAAAUUUUAAGAAAGUGAGGGGAGAUGGCCCAAAGUUGUUGAGCCUCUCCCCCCAUGCAGCUUCAGGCAGGAAACACUCCCUAGAAUGUUUCCCAUGCACAGUGGCAUCAGGUGAAUUUGCACUCCCUCCAGCCAUCCAGUUUGCAGGAGUGCAACCUCCCCCGACGCCUCCGUGCAUGGGAAAUGAUCCAGGGAGUGCUUCCCGUGCACAGCGGCAUCGGGUGAAUUUGCGCUCCCAUCAAAGAGCUGGUCGGCGGUGCGCAGCUUUCCCCCCCCCCCCCAAUGCAGCUGUGGGCAGGAAACACCCCCCAGAUCGCUCGCCGCGGCAUCGGAAGCCAUGCUCCUGCCAACCAAAUGGCUGGUGCUGCACCACUCUCCCCCCCUCCCCCCGUGUGUCAAGUGAAUGCAAAAUAAGGUUGUGACUUUUACUUCCUGUAACUUGGAAACUAUUAUUCUACCUGUGAGCCUAAAUGAAAUUCAGUUCAGGCAAGUUGGAGGUACUGUUGUUUGGUGGCUGGUUUACCCAAUUAGGUAGUGAUCAGUCUUCUCUGGAUGGCAUUGUACUAAUCCUAAAGAAGCAGACUCAUAACUUGAAGUGCUCUUGGUGUGCCUUUUGUCAUCUUUCACUGAUUUGCCAGUGUCAGCCCUAUUUGGACAGAACCUUGCUACAGUUAUCCAUGCUCUGGUAACCUCAUAGUUGGAUUAUUGCAAUUUAUUAAAUGUGGGGCUGCCUUUUAAAAUGGCCUGGAAACUUCAUUUGGUCCAGAAUAGGCUAGCUACGUAAAUAUGAUACAAUGCAAAUGCUUUGUCCACAUUCACUCCCAAUCCAUUUUAUCAGUACACCAGACAGUAUACUCUUUUUAUAUGCUAAGUUAACACAUAAGAAAAUUGUUCUUAAAGCAUAAUUCAACUUUCUUCCAACCUUUUGGGACAUUCAUUUUUCAGGUGAGGGAAGGCUGGGGAGGAAGACCUGCAGGCUUUGUGAAUGUUGAAAUGUUGUAUUUUCUUUAUCAUACCUAAACUUGUUUCAGAAGCAUAAAUUAUUUUCAAUUCCAUUCUCCCCCACCCUCUUGUGAUUUCAAAAUUUCUCAUUAAAUCUUCCAAUGCUAAACAAAUUGAACUAUAAUCAUUUUUCAUUAUUUAUAUUUUAGAUCUGUCCUUAAUCAGGAAGAACCGAAAUGCAUUGUUUCAGCGCUUGACAUGUGUGCUUCCUAUCCUUGAAAGUUUAUUAACAUCCAAAGUAAUAACUGACAUUGAAUACCAUGUUAUUAAACAAAAAACCCAGACACCACUGCAAGCGAGAGAACUGAUUGAUACCAUCUUGGUGAAAGGAAACACAGCUGCAAACAUAUUCAGAAACUGUUUACAAGAGUGCGAUUUUGUAUUAUACAAAGACUUGUUCGGUGAGUUUGAGAAAAGAAUGUGCUGGUUAACAUCUAAUUGCCACUUCUCUGAGAGUUGACAGACUUAGCAUGUUAUAAUUCAGAGCAGUAAUAGAGGUCAUUGGCCUUGCUUUAGGGAUUGUAUGCCGGAAACCAUAGAACCCUGUCGAUUAGUAUGGCAGCUUAUUGCUUGCAGGAAGUCUUACGUUUAUUGAACAGAACUAUUUUUUAUUUAUUUUUUUAGAGGAGAAGAAAAUGCCUUAUAUUCCGACAGAAGAUGUUUCAGGUAAAAACUGAAUUCACUAAAAUAACACUGGGCACCAUUUGAAAUAAUAUGGAUUGCUUAUAAAAAUAAAUUUUAAAACUCGCAUUUUAAAUAGUUUCAGAUACUUGGUAUAGAGAAGCACCAUAUACAGUGGUUUCUCGGUUUUCGAAUGUAAUCUAUUCCAGAAGACAGUUCAACUUCCUAAAUGUUUGAAAACCAAAGCAUGCAUUUACAUCUGGAAAACUCAAUAUGGAAGCCACAUAGCACAUUUGGCUUCUGAAAAGUGUUCACAAAUUGAAGCAGUUACUUCUGGGUUUUCGGCGUUCAAAAGCCAAAACAUUUGACUUCCGAGACGUUCGAAAACCGAGGUGCCACUGUAUAAAAGUUUUCCUGCUUCUGCAGUUUGAAAUCACAGUUUAAGAAGUCUAGGCAGGUGCCAUGAUUUUGAGUACAUUCCAGUCCUUUCUUCUUGUAACAAGAAUGAAAUGGAAACUUGCCUUCUGCACAUCCCUGGUAGUUUGUUAUCUGGAGCCUCCACGUCUUUCCCCUAUAGGAAAUGCCGCCUUCACAUUUGUUGCAAGAAUAGCAUCAUGAAGCACACCUUCACAUUUGCUUUUUGAAUCAUUUUUGUGAGCAGUUUCUGAAUGGCUCCACCUUCAGGAAAACUAAAGCUCUGAUUUUGAAGGCUCUUCGUCAGUUAGAAUAACUCCAACAUGUAUUGGUGGAUGCAGAAAAAGAAAACAAAGGGAGUUUUUGGGAUGGAGGGGGAGAGACUUGGAAACAGUGGUAUUUCUUUGUGUUGUAAAAUACAGCAAUUUGGAACAUAUAUAACAUAUGUUUUCUCCUUUGCAGGCUUGCCCAUGGAAGAACAGCUGAGACGAUUGCAAGAAGAGAGAACAUGCAAAGUUUGCAUGGACAAGGAAGUGUCCAUUGUCUUCAUCCCAUGUGGUCACUUAGUUGUGUGUAAAGAAUGUGCCCCUUCCCUUAGAAAAUGCCCUAUAUGCAGAGGGACAAUCAAGGGUACAGUGCGGACAUUUCUUUCAUGA